AUGGCGGCUACGCAUGCAAGGUCAGCCUCCAUCUACAACCCCCUUCACCGGGGCCGCAAGGAGAUAAGACUCCUCGAGAUUGUCUCAGUGAAGCCCGAGAUCACAUUCAAGACGCAUGUGGUCUCACUGCUUGAUGACCCCGUAUUUACGGCGCUAUCCUACGUGUGGGGUUACCCUCCGACGUGGGUGGACGUCAUCGUUGACGGGGCGAAAGUACCCGUGACGGAAAAUCUCACAAAUGCCGUCAAAGGCAUACAUGCCUUCUGGGCACAACAGCACCCGAAAAGAACCCUGGAAUCCAUGAGGUUAUGGGCUGAUGCGAUAUGUAUCAACCAGCAAGAUGUGGUCGAGAAAGGGUUUCAGGUCCCGCUGAUGCGUGAGAUAUAUUCUGGGGCUGAACAGGUGCUCUCGUGGCUCGGAAAGGCCGAUGAGGUCACCAAAUCAGCCUUCGAUGCGCUCCAGCGCAUUCAUCGUGGGAUCUCAGCGUUGGAAAAUAACGACGUCACUGAUCUUGGAUGGAUGGAGAGCCACCAUGACCUAUGCAACGGCUACGAAACGGACCCCCGUGGGCCGUGGCUCGGAAUCAUCGAUCUCAUGCAUCGUCCAUACUGGAGCCGUGUGUGGAUAUUCCAGGAGGUGUACCUGGCACGGUCUCUACUGUUCAUGAGCGGCCAGAGUACUCUGGACUUCAACUGUCUCAAGUCAAUUCAGGAAUGGCACGAAUCAGCCAUCCUCAGCCAGCCGUCUCGACCGAGUUACGUCAAUCCUGGAACCUGGGCCUACUUGCAGAAUCAUCGCGGCAUAUUCGAAAGCGUCUCUGCUAUCGACCAGGCCAAGGACAUCAUUUCCGACGGGCAGCGCCACCAAUCCCGCAUCAGGGGGAUCCUCAAGGACACGGUGAGCGACGAUGCCAUCAUAUUCUACAAUCAGGUUGAGACACAUGCACUCCUUUUGUGGAUCAUGGCCGGUGUCCUUGAGUCUACAGACCCAAAGGACUCAAUUUACGCCCUGCUCGGCGUUUCAGGCCUCACGAUCGAGCCGGAUUACACGGCAGAGAAAUCGCCAGCUGAGGUCUACCUCGACUUUCUCAGGCUCUGGCAAGAUUGCUGCUCGAUGCUACACCCGUACUACCCAAACGAUGCGAAGUCAGGUAUUCUGGACCUCUGGUUCCUGAUAUUUGCCGGGGUCGAUUCAGAGAACAACGCAAAGCCCGUGGCGGGGCUGCCUUCGUGGGCACCCAAUUUUCCUGCGAUAGCUUCCCGGUACGAGAGUGGCUGGUCAUACUCGACAAGCUCACUGAGUCAAUUCCCCGUCGGCGAGGAACUAUUCACAGAUGUCUCAGGACAGUGGCACAUUGACGGGAUGAAACUAUGCUGCCCCGCUGUCUGGAUCGACGAGAUUGCUCAUACCGGUCCAGUCGUCGAUGUCGUCAACCAAGACAUCAUCCGGUGGACUCUGGGCUCGUUGAGCCGGCAAUUGAAGUACCCAACGGGGUAUCAUUCGGCAAUAGCUCUGCAUAGGGUCUUGCUUGGCCAAUACUUUGACGAGGAUCUGGAGAAUAUGGUCCUGCCAACUCUCGAAGAAGCAGUUGGACUGAUUUGCUUGUUCUUGGCACAAACUCUUCGCUCUAGACCGCAAGCGCGCGAAGACCAAGAGUGGCUUGCCAGCAUGGAAAUUUUGGUACAUAGCCUCUUGCUCAGCCUUGGCCGACAAGAGCACCGCGAUGUCCUUCGGGAAGGUCUGCACAGUCGUGCAAAUGACAACGACGCACACAUUCCUCCAGGUGUGACCGAUUUACUUGAUACAGAGGCCCUUGAGACCACACGUCACCAGCUCUUGCUAGCAGUAUCAACCUCAGGAGGCGAUAGGGUUGCCCAGACCAAGAAGGGCUAUUUUGGUAGGUUUCCGGCGUACGUACGCGAAGGUGACGUUGUUUGUCUUCUGAAGGGGUACGACGGCCCCGUUGUGCUCAGGAGGGUCAGAAAUCAUUUCGUCUUCGUUGGCUCGGCAUUCAUCGUCGAGGCUCUCGGUGGGAGGUCUGAGGCGGAGAUGGAGAUUUUGAAGUCAAGCAUCGAGAUCUUCGAAAUUUGCUGA